CACACAGUAAUCCGCUCUCAGUUGAAUCAGUUAUCAAGAUUACCAACAAUCACACAAAAUGACAGGACGCGGUAAGGGAGGCAAAGGUCUUGGAAAAGGAGGAGCAAAACGGCAUCGUAAAGUACUUCGUGAUAACAUCCAGGGAAUUACCAAACCCGCCAUUCGUCGUUUAGCCCGUCGAGGUGGUGUCAAACGUAUUUCCGGCCUUAUCUACGAAGAAACUCGAGGCGUGCUGAAAGUGUUUUUGGAAAACGUUAUCCGUGAUGCUGUAACCUACACUGAACACGCGAAAAGAAAAACUGUUACAGCCAUGGACGUCGUGUACGCUUUGAAACGUCAAGGCCGUACUCUUUACGGUUUUGGCGGUUAAUGAUUUCCAAUUAAAUUUUGUUGUUGAGCUGCUAUACCAUCUUUCUGCGCAUGUAUAAUAAAACGGCCCUUCUCAGGGCCACU